AUGCCUGUUUUACCAGAGAACCCAGAGACAGAUGUUGAUACGUCCUUUUACCUCCACGCGGAACUUCUCCCAAAUAUCCGUCACAUCACACUCUACAUCUCUUCACCGGCCAAUCUAGGUGGCCAGGACGUCCAGCCGCUGAUAACUCUCUCAGGAUCCCGUCAAGCUGUCUCGCUAUCUCUACCGAAACCCUUCGACCAUGUGACUGAUACCAUCAAACUGCCCGCGCGGGUCAAUGAAGCCUCGCGGCGCGUUUUAAGCACCAAUAGACAGGGCGCGGCGAAUACCGCAGACAAUGGCUCACACACUAGGCGGCGGGAAUACUCGUUCCGAAUGCAGAUUGAUAUCUCGGAUGAUUCACUCCCGCCAAAGGACGCGCUCAUCGAUGAUUUCGUACCCUGGACCGCUGCGGAUAUGUCUCCGUCGACGAGACUGCGUUGUCGCGGAUGUGAGAAUGUCAUCCUGGAUACGCCUGAGCGACGCGCCGAUACCCGGUCUGAGGAUACCGGUCCAGAAGGCUGGACGUGGAAAGACCUGCCAAGCGGGAACUGGGCCGAGAUGAUGGAUUUCUGGCACUGUCAUAAACCUGACCCUCCUGCCGGGCAUGAUCAUGCCAAUGGGGAAGAUCCCAACGCUCAGACGAAGGGGUACGGAGCGGCGAAUCAGGUUGUGGCGUCGUCCGGGACGGUCCUCGUGGAUGUGGCGACGUUUCUGGUCUCGGAGGCGGAUUGCAGGGGAUUGAAGAAGGUUCAACCCUCAACUGAAGAGACCGCACAAAAGAAAGAAGUAUCCUUGAACUGCGCGAACUGCAACGCCACGAUCGGUACUGAAGACGCCGUGGCCCAGGGCUGGCGACUCUUCAAGACAAGCCUAUCCGCCAAUAUCUCCCCACCAAGAACGCCCCAAGAACCAUCACCAACAACAUGGGAAACCCACCCCAUCGAAACCAUCGUCGCAGCUCAACUCCUCGAGCUCAUCGAGCGCGAAAGUGCCCGUCGCUUCGUCAUUCACUGUGGCAGGCCAAAUGGACUCCUGCUAUGGGUCUUCAACCCGGACUUUCGAUACUCGAGUUCCACCGCAGAGCAUAGUGUCUCCUCGCAGCGGGCGAUGAAGGUCUUCUUCCAGGAGGUUGGGGAUGUAGAUGGUAUUCUGAACCCGAAACCGAGUUCGGGGGGCGGGAGGGCGUCGUCGCUUUCGCUCGAGGAGGUGAGAGUACCUGGUUCUGUGUAUGAUGCGGUUGCGGGGGAUCUGAAGGCGAGGAAUGAGAUGUUGCCGGCGUCUGCGAGGGAGUUCCGGGAGUGGAGGGUUGGGGUUUUGCAUCGGUUUGAGAGGAUGUGA